CCGGCCGCCCGUUCUCGCGAGAUCACUCCCACUCCCGGCAUCCAUUUCGCGGCUGGAGCGAAGGGGGGCGGCUCUGAGGGAAGAUGAAGGCAGCGGCCAUGUUGGGAGCUUCAGGGUGCUUUUGGUGCGGGGUGUGCUGAGGGAGUCUGCGCAGGGAAAGCCGUCGCUGGGGGAUCGGCGCAAGGUCGGGCUCGAAGCGGGAGGAGUAGAGCGCCUACUACGACUGUGAGCCGGGCUCGCUUAGUUGCUCGUGCCCGGCUUCAGGAGCGCUCGGCAGGGGAGGAGGGGGGGGUGUCCCUGACCGAGGAGCCAGCACCAUGAGCGGGGGGACGCCCUACAUCGGGAGCAAGAUCAGCCUUAUCUCCAAGGCCGAGAUCCGCUAUGAAGGGAUCCUGUACACCAUCGACACCGAAAACUCCACUGUGGCGCUGGCCAAGGUUCGCUCCUUCGGUACAGAAGAUAGACCAACUGAUAGACCUAUACCACCUCGUGAUGAAGUCUUUGAGUAUAUUAUAUUCCGUGGCAGUGACAUUAAAGACCUAACUGUCUGUGAGCCACCAAAGCCUCAGUGUUCUUUGCCACAGGAUCCUGCUAUUGUUCAGUCUUCACUAGGAUCUUCGACUACAUCUUCAUUCCAAUCUGUGGGGUCCUAUGGUCCUUUUGGCAGAAUGCCUGCAUACAGUCAGUUUAGUCCAAGCCCGCUGGUGGGGCAGCAGUUCGGCGCUGUUGGAGUUGCAGGAGGUUCUUUAACAUCUUUUGGAACAGACUCUUCAGCCAGUACUAGCAUGUCCCAAAGCACUGCAGUUGGUUCUGCAUUUACAACAGAUGCAAGAUCACUAAAACCACAGAUGUCUCAAGGUCGUUCAAGCCCUCAGAUAGAUCAUUUGAGAAGGAGCCCCACCAUGGAACAAGCAGUACAAACAGCUUCAGCCCACUUGGCUACUCCAGCACCAGUUGGGAGGAGGAGUCCUGUACCAGCCAGACCUUUGGUGUCUGCUAGCCAAAAAUCGUUAGAGAAUCAAGAGCACAGACGAGCUGAAGCACACAAGGUUUCAAGAUCAGAAAAUGAACUCAGAAAUGAAAACAAACGACAAAUUGUUCCAGGUGGACCGUCAGCACGGAGAGGCCGUGGAGGUCACAGAGGGGGCCGAGGAAGAUUUGGUAUUAGGAGGGAUGGUCCAAUGAAGUUUGAGAAGGACUUUGACUUUGAAAGUGCAAAUGCACAAUUCAACAAGGAGGAAAUUGAUAGAGAAUUUCAUAAUAAACUUAAACUAAAAGAAGAUAAACUUGAGAAACCAGAGAAGCCUGUAAAUGGAGAAGACAAAGGUGACUCAGGUGUUGAUACCCAAAAUAGCGAAGGGAAUGCAGAUGAGGAAGAUCCACUUGGCCCCAACUGCUACUAUGACAAAACCAAAUCCUUCUUUGAUAACAUCUCCUGCGAUGACAAUCGAGAACGGCGACCCACUUGGGCUGAGGAAAGAAGAUUAAAUGCAGAGACCUUUGGAAUACCACUGCGUCCCAAUCGUGGCCGUGGAGGGUACAGAGGCAGAGGGGGGAUUGGCUUCCGAGGUGGAAGAGGAAGAGGAGGUGGAAGAGGUGGCUUCACUGCCCCCCGAGGAUUUCGUGGUGGAUUCAGAGGAGGUCGUGGAGGCAGGGAGUUUGCUGACUUUGAAUAUAGGACAACAAAGUUGCUGCAUAGUCUACAAGAAAGCUGAAACCGGGUGAACGUCUAGAUCUUCUUGAUCCAGAGAAUUAGUUUCAAUCUCUGCAAAGAAUGAAGUUAAUUUGCUGUAUACUUGUCACCAGCACUGGGAUUUAACUAUUUAAUUUCAAAGGGGUGUAAUGCAGUUACUUUUGAAAAAUGGCCAUCUUUGAAAACAGUGAGCAUUAAAUAUAUUUGAGACAGAAGGAUAAGUAAUUUCUUAUGUAUAGUUAAUUAUAAAGCAGUACUUCGAUGGAGUUUAAGUAUUUUUUCAUCACUGAAAGGAUUUUUCUUAUUACUAGACUGUAUUUGAUAAUUGCUUCAAGUUGUAAGGACAAUUGUAUGCAGAAGGCCGUCGAUACUGUGAGUGUUUUGAUCCACUGAAGGUUGUUUUUUGGAAAUCCUGUAAUAUCCCUUUUGAGAUAGUUGUACUUUUAUCAACUAGGGUGCUGGACAGUAGGAAACUUGCUUUGUCAGUCAAAUAUGUACACACAGUAAAUACUGUUUCUUAGGCAAAGGAAACUUUUUAUAUAGUUGUAAAAUUCCAUUAUAUCCCAUUGCCAAAGAAACAUUACGAACUUUGUAUAGCUGUAUAAAAAGCAACUAAUUUUUUAAAGAAUAAACAUUUUUAAGUCGGCAAA